UUCCAGAACGCUGGGCUAGAGGCGGAGGAGCGGCGGCUGUCCAAGGUGUGCACAGCAACGCGCCCCUUCCCGCUCCCCCACAUUGGCCUCGGCCCUCUCACGGGCUGUCAAAAAUGGUGAAAGAAACCACUUACUAUGAUGUUCUGGGGGUCAAACCCAAUGCCACCCAGGAAGAAUUGAAAAAGGCUUACAGGAAACUGGCCUUGAAGUACCACCCUGAUAAGAAUCCAAAUGAAGGAGAAAAGUUUAAACAGAUUUCUCAAGCCUAUGAAGUGCUCUCUGAUGCAAAGAAAAGGGAAUUAUAUGACAAAGGAGGAGAGCAGGCAAUUAAAGAAGGUGGAGCAGGUGGUGGUUUUGGCUCCCCCAUGGACAUCUUUGAUAUGUUUUUUGGAGGAGGAGGAAGGAUGCAGAGAGAAAGGAGAGGUAAAAACGUUGUACAUCAGCUCUCGGUAACCUUAGAAGAUUUAUAUAAUGGUGCAACAAGAAAACUAGCUCUGCAAAAGAAUGUGAUUUGUGACAAAUGUGAAGGCCGAGGUGGUAAGAAAGGAGCAGUAGAGUGCUGUCCCAACUGUCGAGGUACUGGGAUGCAAAUAAGAAUUCAUCAGAUAGGACCUGGAAUGGUUCAGCAAAUUCAGUCUGUGUGCAUGGAGUGCCAGGGCCAUGGGGAACGGAUCAGUCCUAAAGAUAGAUGUAAAAGCUGCAAUGGAAGGAAGAUAGUUCGAGAGAAGAAGAUUCUAGAAGUUCACAUUGACAAAGGCAUGAAAGAUGGCCAGAAGAUAACAUUCCAUGGUGAGGGAGACCAAGAACCAGGACUGGAGCCUGGAGAUAUUAUCAUCGUUUUAGAUCAGAAAGACCAUGCUGUUUUUACUCGACGAGGAGAAGACCUUUUCAUGUGUAUGGACAUACAGCUGGUUGAAGCAUUGUGUGGCUUCCAAAAGCCAAUAUCUACUCUUGACAACCGAACCAUAGUCAUCACCUCCCAUCCAGGUCAGAUUGUCAAGCAUGGCGAUAUCAAGUGUGUGCUAAAUGAAGGCAUGCCGAUUUAUCGUAGACCUUAUGAAAAGGGUCGUCUGAUCAUUGAAUUUAAGGUAAACUUCCCUGAGAAUGGUUUUCUCUCUCCUGAUAAACUCUCUUUGCUUGAAAAACUCCUACCUGAAAGGAAGGAAGUAGAAGAGACUGAUGAAAUGGACCAGGCAGAACUGGUAGACUUUGAUCCAAAUCAAGAAAGCCAUUACAAUGGAGAAGCAUACGAGGAUGACGAACAUCAUCCUAGGGGUGGUGUUCAGUGUCAGACCUCUUAAUGGGGCCAGUGAGUACCUCACUGCUGGCGUUUUAUAUGCAGCAGUGAAUGAGUGAAGGACUGCAACCAUAAUAUGCCCACUACUUGGCUAUUGUUUUUGUUUUAAUAUUCAACUAUAGUAGUGUUUUAAAAGUUAAAUGAAGAAUAAACUCAAAUAUAAAAGCUC